CCAAAGGCUAUCCGACUAUGGUCUACGAGGCGGGAUACUCGAGUUUCUAGGUCAGACAGUGCAAAUAAUUACACUGUGGUAACGUGUCACCUCUUUGUGCUACUUUUUUAUUUCUGCUUUGGCCACAGCCAGAAGUACCACUUAAUUAUUGAUAAAUUCCAAAGUUUAUUUUCUGAUUUCAAAAGACUCACUAGCUAUGUGCUGUACAGAGCAAGUAAUUGAUUACUUUUAUAUUUGCGGCGUGGAUUAUGGUGUUGGCCUAGAGAGCUUCAGCUCAGGCGAAAAACGUGAUGGUUAUCUUGAUCUUCCUCCUCUGGAGCGGCCCUACAAGUGCCGCGUCCUUCAACACUUUCCUGAAUAUUCUCCGAGUUGUCCUUUUGAUGAGGAAUCCACUGCACUGAUUACGAUGCCCCAAGGUCUCAAUAUAUUUGGUCAAAGUAGCCCAUUAUUUAACCGGUUCCAUUUGCCCCAAAGACAUACUUUUAUAAUUACUAGGGAAGAUGGUACUCGUGUUCACGGCUUAGCACUGCUUUUCUGCGAACUAGUUACACAUGAAGGCUUUAAAGAGGCAGUCAGUUCACUGCAAAUGAUGUACACUGCAGAUCUUCAGUCGCGUAGACUCUCAACGCCUACAAAGGAAGAACUUAACCCAGGGGUUAUCAAGGAAUGCUUUGGGAGUCAGAAAGAUUCUCUUUUUACUACAAAGGCUAUCGGUCUUUUGUCUCGUCAUCCGUUCAUUUUCGGUUUGUUUAAUUGGUUGGAGGAUUUGUGGGCUAUGAUGUAUAUUUCUCCUAGUACUAAAUGCCUUCAGUCCACUUUGGAACAAUGUAUUCAUGAUAUGUUGUUUAAAACUAAACUUCCUACUGUUGGUCAAUACGUAACGUUUUCCACUCCAUUCAGGACUCAUUAUGGUUAUUGUCCUGCACCCAUAUCACCUAUAGCAAAUUUAAUGAAUGGACAACUAAACCAAAAAUGCUAUGUAGAAUUAUCAUUAUUUGAAUAUUCUCUUGAAGAAUUAUUUGAAUUGAUUGAUUUGGAUGAUUUUAUUCGUUUAUUCACGUGUACGCUUCUUGAGUAUCGUAUAAUUUUAUUCUCAAGAGUGUAUUAUCGUCUGAUGUUGAUUGCUGAAUGUGUUACUUGUUUGUUAUUACCAUUUUAUUGGCUACAUGUAUAUGCUCCAAUACUACCAGUAUCAUUAACUCAUUUUGUCGAUGCUCCUGUUCCAUUUAUCAUGGGUAUUAACAUACCAGAUCCAUGUUAUAAUAAUAAUCAUCAUCAUAAUGAGAAAUAUCCAUUUAUUAAACAAUACGUUUCAGAUAAUCAUACACAAGAAUAUUUCUACUCCCCUUCGGUUGAGUUAGCUAGUGAAACAAACGUCUGUUAUGUUUAUAUUGAUGAAGGAAGAGUUAUUGUGCCGGAUGAAAUUCCUGAAUUUCCAAAUAGUCAAGAUACCAAACAAUCUUUAUUAGAGAUUUUAAAAUUAGCUAAACAUCUAUCAAGAAGUUUCAAUAAUCAGAUUACAACCGAACAGAAUACUGUUCAGCAUUUGACAGAUAUUUCUCAGAUUACUGCACCUAUUAGUUGUACAACACCACAUACAGCGGCUCCUGUACCUAGACCCAAACCCCCUAGUUCACUGAUAAAGUUCACUGGACUUCAAAGAUUUUGUAGGUCCUGUCAAAACCAACAGCAUCAAGAAGACAACAUGUCAAAUUCAUCUAAUCGGCAGCUGCGAAGAAAAAAUACCAAAAAUCGUUUUCGUCAUCAAUUUCAUUCUCACAAAACCCACCAAGUGACAUGGUGUGAACUUUUAAUUUGACGUAAUAACCUACCAUUUACAAUAUAAAUGGAUACAUUACAUAUUUUGGGGGUUGGCCAGCGAAAACACUUUGUGGCUCAUGUUAAAAACGUCUUGCGAACUCAGGUGCUUCUCAUAAGAUAGAUGAACGAAGUGUACAACAUUGAAUGAAGCUGCUUCGAAAUCAGCAGAGGUUGCACGGUUUCAAUUUUCAAAAAUGGCUAACCAAUUAUUACUAAUUUAGAACUGGUCAUUUAAUCGGACGAAAUGGGAUGAGAAAAGUUUUGUUGAAAGUUAAAUAUAAUAAAAUAACAGUACGAUAAGCGAUAUUCUACAAUGUGUGGGGGUAAAACUACACAAAUCCAACGCUAACUUGCUACAAAUUUAUUCACAGCUCUGUAAUAGACUUAGAUUCUCUCACUAUCAGUCCCUAAAUCACAUCCCAAUUUGUUUAUUUAUUAAUUGAUACCGUAGAAUACCAAUCAAUUAGUCCAUUCCAUCUUCUAAUUAUUCUGUUAUUAUUCACAGUCAUGUUCAUAUGCAUUGAAAUUUGUAAAAUUACUGUAUGACACUUCACCACUUGACUGGUGUGUUUUUCUAUGUUAUUUAUGUAUAACAGUGUUGAGCCAUCGUAAGACUUAUUGGACAGAAAUAUGUCUUAUGUGUAUUCGUUGUUUGCUAAAUAUCUAAAUGAGAAUGUUUGCUUUCUUGUAGAAAUGAAUGAAUAAAAUUGCUACUCGCAGAUAUGAUCUAGUUUUCAUAGUAUUCUUCUUUGAACUGUUUACUUACAGAGAUUUCAUAUUGAUCAGUGACUAGCGACCAAUGCCAUAUUUGUCUGGUCUUGCGUGCUGGUCGAAUUCUAUCAAUCAAACUGCAAUUUAAGCACCAGGUCAAGUCACUCGACAUCAUGUUCACUACCUUUUGAUAUCAAUCAGUAGUCGGUAGGAUACCCUAGACCUAGGUUUUAUGCUGCUUGACACUUGUUAGCGCAACCUACUUUUAGUUAUAUAUCCUGUGCAUAGUGAAGUAAACAAAUUUGUCUCUACAGCAUUUAUUAGAAAUUAUUUCGUUAUUUAUAUACUGUAAGAUAAAUUUUUAUUCAUGAACCUUAAAAAACUAUUUUGACUGAAAAAAUUUGGAUUAAUCAAUCUACGUUAAUGUUGAAUGUUCUUAUAUUUUCAUCAAUUUAACCGUAUUCAUAAUUCUUGUUAUAAGAAAGUAUCUUUGACUCGUUCCAACCAAUCACAAUCAGUUUGUGAUCAAGAUGAAUUAACAAUAGCAAAAGUGAAUGAUUCAUCUAUGGAGAAUGCUAAUAGGCAACGACAAGAACAAUUCUACAUACGCGACAAUAAUAGCAAUAAUGUUAGUGCAUCAGACAAUAGUUGUACAAAUCAAAUCAACUAUUUUGAAGUCUGUUCAAAGGCAGCUAAACAGAUUAUUUCGAAAGAGGUUUAUUCAAGUUAUACCGAAUUAUUACAUAUAAAUGCAGCUAUAAGAAAUUUAUUUCUUGCCAAUUUUACAAUGAUAUUUCAAGAUUAUGAAAAUUAUUUAAUAUUGGAUAGGAAUGGACAAAAACCAGAUAAUGGAAAUAUUUCCUGUGGUCUACAUGGAUUUGAUAAAGUUGGCUUUUUAAGUGAUCAACCAGAAACACAUUUACCUUUUUUAAGUGCAUUUUUAGAAACACAAAUGUUUGCCAGUUUUCUAGAUUCACGUAUAAAAUGGCAUAGUUUAUCACACAAUAAAAUUAUGCAUAAUUCUAAUUCACCACCAAUGCAUUUAACUGUUUUUCAUUUAUUGCUGUCAAGAUCACGCCAUGAACGAAAAACAAUAUUUCGAUCUAAUAAUAGUAAUAACAAUAAUAAUAAUACUUUAAUGAAUACAACUUUGUUACCAGAAAACAUUAAUUAUGAUGUGAUGUUUGAUUAUAAUCAACAACUUCAGUACAAUUCAAAUUUUCCUGAUUUCAAUUCUAAGCCAAUAUUUGAAAAUGUAAAUUGUCAAAUUAAUAAUAAUAAUCACUUACCAGACUUAUUAUAUGAUAUUAAAACUGAACCAAGUAUCACUACCAACAACAAACCACCUACUCAUAAUCAGGUAUCAUCGAAAUCAGUUCACUCAUCUGAAUCUGUACUACCAUCGUCAUCAUCACCAUCAUUCAGUGUCGUUAGUGAACAACAAUUUGGUAAAUUUCCAACAUUAAAUAAUCACAUGCUACGAUCGUAUGCGUCAUCAGCUGCAGAGACAAUGAUGUUUCCAAGUCACAAACACUUUUUGUCCAAUCCUUUUGGUAAUAAUAGUAGUCAACAAUCAAAAUGUAAUAAGUGUUCAUUAUUAUCCACACAUGGUUCCUGUACAUCACCUUCAUUAAAUCACUACUAUCUUAAUGCUGUUUCACAAUCAGAUAAAACUAGUCGACAUAUUAUAUCGCAUUCAGCCAAUAUCGAAGCCGCAUCAACAUUAGCGUCUCAAUGUUUAAUAUCAAGUAAUCCGAUUGGUUGCAUGUCUACACCGACUAAACGAAUUGUUCCUUUAUCUUCUAUCAUCAAUACUAUGAAUACAGAUGCUUUAAAUAAUUUGAAUAAAUCAGAUAAUGUGGAUUCUAAUAUAUCCAAUGGAAAUAAUACAAAAUCAGUGAAUCGUUGUUUUGUGCAUACACAUCAUCAAUUCGCUGAUUUACAACGUAAUGGAAUGGCUCAAGCUAAUUGGGAUUUUGUUGAUGCUUUACUCGAAGAAUGCAAGCAUAGGACUAAACGAAUGGUUCUCAAGAAAAUUGGUCAAGAAGCAAUUGAAAUGGGACAUUGUGAUCCAAAUAUUUCUGUAGUUGAAGAAAAUACACUAGUUUCUGGUUUAUGUGAUCUACUGGAACGUAUAUGGUCACAUGGUUUGAAUAAAAAAAUAGGUAAAUCAGCUUUAUGGUCACAUUUAGUUUUUUAUGCUAGACGUGUUGAAUUAAUGAAACAAACUAAUAAAGAAUUAGCAAUAAAUGAUUCUGAAUUACUCAACCUUGAAUCAUCACCUCCUACAUCAUCAUCGUGUAGUGGUUCAUCGCGCAUAUCUGACCUACGAAGUGUUAAUGUUGGCAGUGAGAAUUCUCUCCUACCAUCGGAUUCGCCAUUAUUAUCACCUGAUUUGCAACAGAAGUCAUCACAAACUGAUACAAAUUAUUCAGGUUGCAGCUCGUUAAAACGUGUCUGCAAGUUUUCAAAUGAUGCAGUACAUAUGAUGGAAUCUAGUCAGUUAUCUAAAACAACUCCAUCUUCUCACCGAUUUUCACGUUUUCCUUGGCAAGAUCCAUACUAUCCAUCCACUACAUCCUCUUCAUCUACUUUUUCACCAAAAUUAUUAUCUAGUUUAAAUAGUUGGAGAAUGAAACUUCAAAUGUUAGACGUUCGUGUUUCUUCUAAUCGUGCUCAAAGUGCUUCAUCUCGACAGAAAUAUCCCAGUCCAAUUUCAUCUCGUUUAGGUCAAUCUUCUAAUAACAAUAGUCUUGGAAAUAGUAGUAGUAGUAGUAGUAGUAGGAGCAGCAGUGUCGGUAAUAUCAGUGGAUCACUUACUCCAAUAAAUAUAAGUGGUGCUGGAAUGAUUUUAGAUUUGCGUAAAAUAUUUGGGUCAAAAUUCAUUGAACAUUCAUUAAUUGACGAUAUUCAUUCAAUUCAAUCAAUGAAAACUGUUAAAACAGAUAUUGGUUUCGCCAGAGCAUUUGUUCGUUUAGCUUUAGAAAAGAAGUUGUUAUCUGCACAUCUUACUCGUCUGUUAAUGGAUACUAAACUUUUAAGGCACUUAUAUACAAGAUAUGCUUUUUUAAGAUGUGAAGAAGAACGUGAACAAUUCUUAGUACAUUUAUUAUCAUUAAAUGCUGUCGAUUAUUUUUCAUUUACACGAAUGAUUAAUCAAACUGAAAUUAUCUACGAAAUAUUUAUAUGUACUGGUCGAAAGCAUAGUAGCGGAAUAACAUCGACAGCAAAUGCAUGGAUUAAAAUUCAUGGACAUUUUGGAUCAACUCAAGUGAUCAAAAUUCCACAUGGUCACAAUCUUAUUGAAAUCAAAAAUCGUAAUCUUGGUCUACUGUCUACAUUACAAAUUGGACAUGAUAAUACUGGUUCAGCUCCGAAAUGGUUUAUUGAAUUCAUUAUUGUUCAUAAUCGUAUUACUAAUCAUUUUUAUUUAUUCCCAUGUUAUCACUGGUUCGGUUUAGGAGUUGAAGAUGAUGCAUUAGAACGUAUUCUCAUUGGUGAACAAAUCCGUAUUGCAUCAAAUGAUCCAUGUAGGUGUACAUUCUUCGUUUAAUCUGUACAUUUUCCUGAUACUAUUGUAAUAUAUGAAGAGAUUACUAUUUGAUUUUAUUUGGAUUUUCAUUGUUUAUUUUGCAAUAUCUACUACACCACCUCCAGCUAUUGUAUUUUCAUUUAUUCGAUACGUGUUUUCCACUGUCCCAAACACUUUAUUUAGCGAAAAACAGUGUAAUAAAAGUGUACAUAACAGUUUCUUCAAAUAAGCUCUUAAGAGUGCUAGUUAUAAACAACUAUUGACCCGCAUUAAUCAAAAAAUCGAGUGUGUACACUUAUGCUUUCCAACGAGUAAUUGAUGAGGACUUUCAAAAAAUGUUUUAAACACUGGAAACAGGGCUGAAAAUAACACAUCGCCACAAAGAGAAAACAUUUUGGUGAGGUAUAAAGUAAUGAAUCAUAAAUUUUCUAAAACCAACAUUAUACAGUCUGCAUAUUUAUUGGACAGACUAUGUAUAUCUAUCUGAUUACUAAGUUAGAUAGACAAAGCAACAUAUAUCGUUAGAAAUGUUGAACUUUUUUUUCUCUUUACGUACCAAAGAAUGUUAGUCGUUGCUUUUAGACUAAUUUUCGUUAAAUAUGAUUAAUACAAUGGUUUUCCUUUUUUUUCCCUUAAAAUUAGUCUCUAGUAAUGAAACAUCCGGCAAUAAUGUCUUUCAUUUUUUUUAUUUUUCUGUACAACAAAAUAAACAAUAUUAUUUGUUGGCAUAUUUCUUUCAAUUAGAGAUACUUGUGUUGUAAGUUGUGUGUGCUAUUGCUUUGUUUCAUUUUCUUUUUAACGCUUACUCACCAUUCAUGCACUGUAAUCCCCUAGUAAUCUCACUUCUAGUCAAUAUAUGUAUGUAUAUUCAUUUGUCUAAUAAGGUUGAACCUAAAGUGAUCAUUAUUUACGUUUGUAGUUUACGAUGAAAAUAAUUAACACCCAUUCACAUUGACAUGUCUUUGUUUAACACCAUAUUGGAUUGCACUUAGUUUGCUUUUCUUUUUGUAAUAAAAAAAUGACGACCAUUUUUAUAGUUUUGCUACGGUUUUCUUUUUCCAUUUUGACCAUUGUUACAAUGGAUGGUUUAAUAUCUUUUCCCUCUCUUUGUGGUAUACUACGCUACGCUUAAUAAAAUACUUGAACGGUACAUAAUACAGAGACCAGAUCACGUUAUAUCUCAAAUCCAGGAUUCACAACUCUAAAUAGAGGACCAAAUUAACACUAGAUAGUAUUUUAUUCGACGGAGCUACAAGCAGUCGCACUUAGUAGAAAUCGGUGAGAGGAAAAGAAAUCACCUACCUAAUGGUUGUUAGGGUAACAUCUUUUUGUCCAGGCUCAAUGAACAGUCACGUUUUACUCUCACUACCGUAUAUCAGGUAUAAUGGUCGUUUUAAUCAGUUUUUUAAAGGAUUCUGUCUAAAUAACAAUUGCUGUUUUUAUCCCACCUUAAUUUCCUAACGGUAAGUUUUUAGUGUUCUCAUUGGUAUUACUAACUAGUCUGUGUCUCAACUUGUAAAAAGAAAUAUAUCUUGAGGAUUUUCGUGUGUGUAAGUGCGCACAUCACUUCUAGUUUGAAAUUUGUGGACGUUGCAGACCAUAUAGGACAAAAUGUAAUGUCUAGACACAUGGCCUCUUAAUACACUGGUGAUAAUUCUUUUUGUUUAUAAAGUAUUAGCUUAAGCUUAUAAUAUAUUUUUCUCUACUGGCAUUGAUCUCAAGCAAAACAAGUGUCUUAGUGGUGAUAAACCUCUAAUUGAAUUCAUCAUAUAAAAAUAACUAUUCGUCAUCUCAUUAUUAAGGUCGGUAACUGAAAGUUGUUCUUUUCUACAUCGACAAGGUGGUGGUAGGCCAACGUUAGUAAAUGUGCUCCCAUGGUAGUCGGUGACUAACAGUAAGUUCAUACUCUAUUCGUUCGCACAGGAUCUUGGAGCUCAUGUGAACCAUUGUUUUAGGAUCAGGAUUUUCCAACUCCUCUAGAUGGACAUUCGCUUUUCGUCUUUUCAAUUUCGUAAACAACAGCUCUGUUGUGAAAAUGCGGUGACUAAGACUUCCCUGUGAGCGGCUGUAUAUGCGUGGCCAUGUGAAAGCAUUUCGAGAGAGAGAGAGCUGACUCUCUCCACGCUCGGCCAUACCAGGGGGUUAUCAUACCUGAUAUAUUAUACUUAUUUCACAUUUAUGCAUCGUAUGUAUAACACAAAAAAACAAGAAGAAAUUCUGUACGUUUUCCCAGGAAUUAUGUGGUACUUUUUGGAAUGAAAUAUCAUAAUGCUUACAUUUUAAAUUUAUAGUCAUUUUGUUGGUCAUAAUAUUUUAAAUAAUUUAGUUAGCUUGGUGUUUGUUCAAUUAUUGAAGAAAGUCAUAAAAAGGUUUGCUAUGAUGAAAACUAUUAUAACUACAUCUCGAAUCUGUCCAUGUACAGUGAUAUUUUUGUAAAUGUAAAUGGUAAUUCAUCUACUUUCAAAAGGCUAUCUAAUAAAUGAUGCCACUUACACUGUUUUAAUGGUUGAAUCACUUUCAUUCAAGUUGAUCAUGGGUUUAAACCGCGACGUACAUAGUACAGUUUGAGCUACCGACUAGAACUACUUUUCUUGAAACCAUAAAAGUGUGAUCGAAAAUUGGAAUAGUCAAAGUAAUUUUAAAUUAUAUUACUUAUGGAUAAAGCUAAGUAAGACCGGGACAAGUUUAUCUAAAGAAAUUUUUCAUCGCUUUCCGUUCAUGGACCUUGUUAAACUCAAUAUCAUAACAUUAGAGCUACUUGAUACGCGUUUGGCAAUUGACCCACCAUUUCCAGUCUAAUUGGCCUAUCAUUCCAACCUCAUCUAACUAAUGAUAUCUUCUCACUUUUGUGUUCUUACUCUAUUAGUUUAACCUCAUAAGUUAAAUCCCUAAUCUAACCUCGAACUUGUUGUUAUAAGUUAUCGUGAAUUAAGUUCUUGAUUGUACUAGGUCUGUUUACAGUUUUGUUGAAAGGGUUUUGUGGAGAUUAAUUUAAUUUAUAGGUUGUAUUUGUCACAGAUUAUUCUCAAUUUAGAUACCGUUGAAAAUUAGGUGGGACUAAGUAUCUGUUUCAUCCUAAUAUAAGACCGCCCAUCAGCACGUACCCAUGACCUGUCCUGUGAUCUAACCCAAGAUUUUCAGUUCUUUUGGCAAAUACUUAACCCCUGAAACUACUGUAUCGCCAUCCAUUAGUACGAUUUUGACUCAAAUCCGUUGUGGAACAUCAAGUGACAGUCAUCCAGUGCGUUUGGUGAUAACUUUCAUCCACAAAAUAUCUGAAUUCAACCAAUCAAUUCUCUUUUUUUCUCUGAUUUUAAUCAUGUUUACACAAACAUGUCUUUUUUCAAAGGUUACACGUAAUCACGUUUAAUUGCACUAAAUUAUCAUUUUCAUUAUUCAUUUUUUCUUUUAAUUAACUCAAUUUGUAUUCUUUCAUAUUGUUCGAAUCAUGAACAAAUUAUUCACAUGUUUAUUACUAUUAUUAUCUUAUAUGUUUAUUAUGGAAGAUCUCCUAUUCACAACUCCAUUAGCGUUAUCAUCAGAUCCCAUAGAAUGUUUACAAAAUUUGCCAAAUCGUUGUCUAUCACCAUCACUGUCAAGACGAAACUCGGACCAAAAAAAUUUAAACUCUGUCAUAAUACAUGAACGUGUAGCUAAUGCAGUGAAUUGUUUAUUAAAAUUCUUCUGUAAAACAAAUCAUACUAAUACAAUGACAACUAGUUUAACAUCAUUAUGGUGCGGUGAACAUGGUCUUGUACCAGCUUUACAUUUAGUUUUCACUUAUGGUUUUCGUUCAAGUCGUAUAUUUCAACGAAAAAUGUAUGUAUGGGAUUAUUUCGAAAAAGUUGCUAAUGAUUUCUUGGCGAAACUUCAGCCUACUAAUCUUGAUCGUCAGAACCAACAACAACAACAACAGAGUAUGGAUUUCCGAGUACCAGAAUUGCAAACUCCUAGUAGAAUUAACUAUUUACCAUUCUCUACUCAUAGUCUACCACGUUCAUUAACAUCGAAACAUAGUUGUUGUAGUCAAGGAAAUAAUAAUAAUAAUAAUAAUAAACAUGAAAAAAUGUCAACGUUCACAUCUGUCAUUAAAUCACAUGGAUUACUACCACAUUCACCAUCAUUUUCUGUUGUUAAUGAAGUUUAUUCAAAUUAUAAUCAUAGUCAAUCUAAACAAAACUAUGCCAAUACACGUUCUAAUUUAAUCUCAUUUUCACAACCUGCUUCACCUGCAUUCUCUCGUUUAAUUUCAAUUGGUGAUAAUUUGAAUACAUCACAAAAUGAACCUAUUGAUAUUUUAAUAAAUAAUGGAUUAGCUUCAAUGCCCAAUUCUAUACAGCAGUCUGCAUUACAGUUUACUAUGUAUGUACAAAAUAUCACUAAUAAUAGUAUGAAUUUUGGUAAAGAGGGUAAAUUUCAGCGUUUUAUUUGUCAUGCACUUCGUGAUCACCUACUCUCUGAUUGGUUAUCUAUAUUGGCAAUUAGUCCUAUCACUUAUCAUAUGUAUGAACCAAGAAGUUUUUUAUUAAGCCAUGAUUUAAGAAAAAUAAUACAAGAGUUGUUAACUUCCCUGGAUGAAUUCAACUUAACGUUUGAACCUGCUCUACUUGGUAGUGAUAAUUAAAACUAGUUUGUACUUCUUUAUAUUUAUUUGCUUCCGAACGUCAUUUUCAGGUCACAUUUUAUUCUUAAUAUUUGCCAUCCUGCAAAUUCCUCUCUCAUAGUAUCUACAGUUUUGUUUAUUUAAACACAUAAACAUUGGUACAAGAAGGCACCAAAUAUGUACGCACCAUACUUUUGUCUUUCGAUUUACGUGUGUGCUGAAAUAUCGCUUGGGUGCCUAAACCAAAGCAGCAUUUUGAAAAGAAAGGAGAGGACAGUGAUGAUAUAAAGUAGAGAUGGAAACUUUGAUUCGCAUAUAUAUAUUGUCUAUUCACUGAUAUUGACUUAAAAAUAUGCAUGUUCUUGUCGAUCACACAACUUUGCGUUUUGUCAUUUUGCAUACUGACGCAAUUUAUUUCUAUUUUUUCUCUGUAUAUCAUCAUAGUCUCAUUAUUGUCACGAUUGACAUUUAACUAUUGCAUCAUCACCAUUGCCAUAAUUAUCAUUUAUUGUUUUUUUUAUAUCUUCGAUUUAUUUUUUAUCAACUUUUCUUUCAACAAAAAAGUAAAGAUCUCUUUGAAUUGUGUUAGAUUAUUCAAAUGGAAUAAUUCCACAAUUUUGACAUUGAAUAUAAUUUGAUGAGUUGACCGAUACACACAGUGUUAAUUCUUCAUAAUAUAUAUUAAUCCCGUUAAUAAACUUUUAUAAGGAAGGAACAACAAAAUUCAUUGUUUGAUGAAGGAUGAUAGAUUGAGCGAUUUCACUCUAUAUGACGUGCUCUAAAUCUAUUCACCAAAUUUGUUUUGGUUAAAAAGGGGAAUACAGUAUGUAUUUAUUUGACACACAACUCAAAAUUGUCAUGAUUCACGUUAUAUUCAAUGAUUUUUUUAAAAAAUUUUGUUAUAUUUUCUCAUUAUAGUCUUUUAUGUAGUAACCAUUUUACGUACACACACACAUAUACACAUAAUUUAUUCAACUUCUUUAUGAUUUUAAUACAAUUAUCUAGUCCAUUUCUGUAUUGUAUUAGAAUUCUGCAUUUUAUUAGGAGGUUCUUUGCAAUAUAUGAAAUCUUUGUUUUGAUUUUAUUAUUAUUAUUAUUAUUAUUAUUAUCAUCAUUAUUAUUAUUGGUAGUAACGGUGACCAGCAUGAAGCACUAUGUGUAUUUUGUAGCAUUUUCUUUUGUUUCAUGUGUAACCUUUUUAAUUCCAACUGUCAGGGUUUUUUUUGUUUUUUAAAAAUUUACAAUAAUCAUUCAAUUUGAAAGGAGUUCAAUAAAACAAGUAACUUAUUGAAAAUGGAACAAUUGUUUUUAUUUCUAUGUACAACUCGAACACUAAAAAAAUUUUUUUUCACUUACUGAAUUGAAUUGUUCAUGAAUUUGUUGUCAUACUCUUUGAUUGAAUAAUCUCAGUUUCUUGUAUGUUAUAAUACUUGGAAAUAUUUCAUUGUUAGCCUCAUAACGCUUAAUACAUUUAGAAGAAUUCUAGUAGAGUUUUAUUUACUGAGUUGAAUAGUUUGAUCGUAUUGUUUUUAUUGUCCUACCAGACAAACCAUUUACAACAACAGCAAUCCAAACUUCAAAAACAAGUGAGUUAUGCGGAAAUAUUUUCAAAAGUGAUAACCAGUUCGUUAAGUUGAUGACAAGGUAACUCGACCUCGUAGUCUCACAUUUGAACCUUGCUCCAGAUAUUUUGGUUCGGACAACCGGGUAAUAUCCCUGGUCAUGACGAAAUGGUGGCUCGAAUAAACGAUAUAGGACGUGGUUAGACGCCGCCACUAAUUGUACUACCAUUAUUUAUUUUGAUUCAAUUUUUCCUUAAACUUAGCUUUAACCAUGUAAUCGUUUAUAAUUAAGCGGCAGAUUGGAUUUGUUUCAUUAUACCUAUUGACUGACGAUUACCAUAUUUUGCGGAAAUUCUCUAGCCUUUGUUCUAUGAAAAUUUCAACGUUAUCCUAAUAGAACAUGUUUGUUCGCAUAGGUUAGUAUGGCUGAAGAUAUGUUAUGAUGUUUGCCACACUCAACUGGUAUUCACGCAAACUAUUGAAUUGGUUACUUUGUUCGAUUCACUAUUUUUCACAGUUGUGACAGUUUAUUUUGUAACUUGUGGUGUAUGCUACGUACGUUUGCUGAUAUAAGUAGUACGUAACACCAAUCGGGAGAGGAAUGUCUGCGAGCAAAAGGUCGAGAAGAUUGAAAUGACAAGAGAAGGGAACUGAAAGCAAUCAAGAUAACACGAAUGAAAGAACAAUGAAGCUUGUAAGAGACAAUUCAAAGAGGAUGUGCUUAAUGUGUGAUUAUCACGUUUUGCUAAACUACAGUUUGAUUUUACAUCAAACAAUAAAUUGGUUGUUCCCCCCCCCUGCGUUCUCGUUCUCUAUACUAUUAUAAUUAUUAUUUUAUUGUGUUAUUAAGUCCUUCAAUCUACAUAUGGUUUACUAGAACUACUAAAAUUUCUUGAACAGUUCCUAUUUCCUGAAUUCAUCGGAAAUCCGUCCUUAAUUCCUCGUGGAAGAGUGCACAACGAAGUAGCUGGAUGAAAUCGUUUUUUAAACUAUGAAUCUGAGUUACUAUUACUAAUUUUAAGUCAUAUCGAUUAAAUUAUAAAGUCGUAAGCUAUGGCUAUAUUAUAGGUCUUAACUAAUCCGUUUUGCUCAGAAUUUCUGGAGAUUAAUUUGAUUUAUAGGUUUGGUUGAUUACAGACCAAACAGCUGUUCCAUGCCUCACAGUUUCGAUUGUUAUUCCAACUGAGACCAGUAUGUGAGGAAUACUACCUGUAACAUGUUUACUUGAAAAACCUAAAGGAAUUCUAUAUGAAUGCACUAAGUCGAUUGUGGAGGAAAAGUUGAUAUGUAAUCAAAAUAUAUUUCUCUGUCGUCGUGUAAAAUAAAAUGAACAUAAUUUAUCGGCGUUCAUUCAUAAGAUCCUGAGUAUUGAGAAAUUUUUUACAUAAUAAGUAGUCUUGUUAAUACAAGUCCAGCUUGACCGUUAAAACUGGAGUGUCAGCUUCAAAGACCUCCAAAGUUGAUUUCUCAAGCCUUACCGUUCUCUUCAACUUAUAUAUGAUCUUUUCGACCUUACUAAAGGUUGGGGGGGGUCUUGGGCUAAUUUCUCGUUGAGGUUAUGUGUGAGAAUGCUGGGUAACUUGAGACUAGCCGAACUGUUCUUCAAAAUGUUCCACCCAUCUGUUUAUUCUCUUGAGCUAGAAAUCCAUAAUGGUUCCAACUGGUAAGAAUGCUUGAACCAAUUUUCACGCUAGUUAGCACGUUAUAUAGGCACGCCCACAAACUUGAUGGGACUGUCGCCUCUUGUGUCUUAAUUAGGAAUAUUGUCACUGAGCUCUUGUCACCUCAGUCGGUCAUGAUCUAAUGUCACUGAUAUUCAGUUAUAUUACACCUUGUUCAAUAGCAUUAGUUCAGUGCUAAAGACUAGACAUGACGUUGGCCACUACUAAGUGACCAAUGUGUCUAUUAUCAUUUUAGAAUAUUAAAGAUUCCCAUUGUGAAAGUUAUCAUUUUCCCUGACCUUGAAUUUGGUUAUCAUUUCCCUUACUGGUCAAUAAGCCUACUUUACAUCAAACGGCUUGAGUGUAUACAACUUAUUGUUUUUCCCUAAGUCUUUAUUCAUAGCAGAGCAGUAACUUAGUGCCUAAAACACUGCUUUCAACAAUUAGGUCGCAGAUUUGAGUUCACCUAUUGUCACGCAAACAGUAUAAUGGCCCAAAGCUGAGUAAAUAAAUCUGCUUGGUAAAUAAGUUAUAUUACAUUAUCCAUAAAUAAUUCUAUCCAUUAUGUUGUUCAGCUGGUCAUUUGUGAACUUUCCUCAAUGGUUGAAGGUACACAGGUAUAGAAAACACUAGUAAAGUGGAUUCUCACAUUUAAGAAGUACAGACCGAUCCUACCUUUGAUUUUUGGGUGGAAGAAGAUAUCCAUUUUCUUCACUUAUCACAUUACGCAUUUGAAGCUCACAUAAGGUAGUCAUUUUCAGUUAACCACACUUUCGAAUUCCGUUUUUGCUUUCUGCACUAAAUUGCAUAGUUCGUUGAAACCAGUCUUAAUGAUUUAUUAGCUGGAGCACCGGUCAGUAUAAAAGAAAAUCUUACCAUUACCUUAGUGUACAGUUAUGUAAUUUUAUAAAUGCUUUUCAGCUUAAAAUAAGUAUAAGAAUCAAAUGGAAUUAAAACAUAGUGAAGGUAUUCAUACUAGUGGCGGGUUUGUGGAAAUUAUCGAAUGUUAAGUAAACCAAAAACCGAUCUAAGUUGAAUAACUAUUGUAAACCUGAAAGGACUGAACUGAAUAACUUGGAUAAUGACUCAGACCUAACUGACACUCAAGGUAGAAGGGUUGUAGCGCACAAAAUGUAAUCAUUUUUAUACUAUUCUGAAAUAUUCGUCCCCAUAUUCAUCCACAUGAAUUCUAAAUCCGAUUGAACCACACUGGAUUGCUUUAAUAAGGUGAUACCUCACCAAUAGAUCCGCGAAUGGAAUGAAGUUAGACAUUUACACCGAUGGGUGCUGACUCAAUGAUCGAAAGGUUAAGCAUUCGCACUUGAAACUGAAGGUUCCGGGUUCGAUUGGAGCCUGGGGGAUCGUGAGUGCGUGCUUCCGAGGAGUCUUAUACUAGGACGAAACAUCCGUCCAGUAUUUCCGUGUUUUCAAUGGUGGUCUAACUCAGAACGAUCCAUAAUUUUAAGAUAUUUUGGCUAUAUACAAAAUUAUUCUAAAUCUUAUGUUUAAAGACAAAUUCCAAAUAUUGAUUUAGUUGAAAAAAGGCAAGCUGGAAAAUCUGAAUAAAUCUUUUGCGUUUACUUUGAGGUUUGCGAGUCCUAGGCUCAAUUUCCAAUGGGAUUCUGGAUAUCUCUUGUUGACAAGAUUGAACAUUGAACGAAACACACCUAUCCUAUUUCCCUAACUUACGCUGGUCCUCUGAAUGAUAUAAGUCUGUGAUAACUAUUUUCCUUUUGUGAAGUAACAUUCAAGUCCGAAAAAAUUACUUAGUUUCGUAUUUAUUUUCAUAUCACCUUGUAAUAGUUGACAGUUCUAUUGGUUUUCUUGGACGUGAUGUAGAAAUGUGUUUACUGGCAGCUCAAUCUAUCUGGAAUUUAAAUUUACACUAUGAAUUAGACUAUUUCUGUCCAUCAUUAAAGUUUAACCUAAAAGUAGCAGCUCAUUUUAAAUGAUUCAAGCUUCAGUAAUGGAUGGUACACGAUCAGGGUGACUGGUCAGCUUUGUUUUUCGAAACAUCAAACAUGUGGAGUCUC